AGCGGACCGCAGAGUGAAGGCUGGCAGCGGCCGGCAUGGACGUGAGGGGGGAGUUACGCCGCGCCGCUCCCCACAACUAAACUCAUCAACUCCCCUGCACUCUUAUAAAACAAUCGCUCGCCCUCACCCUUUAAAAAAAAAUAUUUUGUGAAGAGUCGAUGUGUUUUUUUAAUUUUAACAACUGCUUCAUAUUGUGCACUGAGCCGGCACUACCGAUGGCGGUGAUCAUCUCCUGGCGCUACGAGGCUAUUGUCCGAUGAGUGAGGCUUUCUGUGUGGAGUUGCGGCGCUCAGUCAUGCCGGGCGGCAGGGGAGAUGGUGCCUUCUCCAUGAGGCGGAGGUCGGCCAGCGUGGGUCCCGUCAGCGUGGAGCGGCACACGCCGCUCAGGGAGGUGGAGCAGGACGAGGACGGCGACGAGGAGUUCCAGGACGGGGUGCCUUUCUAUGUCAACCGUGGCGGGCUGCCGGUGGACGAGGCCACCUGGGACAGGAUGUGGAAGCACGUUGCUAAGAUCCACCCUGAAAGAGAGAAGAUGGUGCAAAGGAUUCGAGGCAUGCCUUAUCUCCCCAAGAUUCCAACACCGUGUGUGCCUACAUUUCAGCUGUCCACGCUUGUCCCUGACCGCCUGGAAGCCAUUCAGAGAUACACCAGGGAAUUGCAGUACAAUCACACGGGGACACAGUUCUUUGAGAUUAAGAAGAACCGACCUUUAACUGGCCUAAUGGAUCUUGCACGAGAAAUGAUUCGAGAAUCUCUGCCAAUAAAGUGCUUGGAGGCUGUGAUCCUGGGGAUAUACCUGACCAACGGAAUGUCCGGCGUGGAGAGGUUUCCCAUCAGUUUUAAGACCCAGUUCUCAGGGAGCAGCUUCCGCCACAUUGUGCUGGGCAUCCACUACGCGGGCCGCUUUGGCAGCUUGGGCAUGAGCCGGCGGGAGGACCUUAUGUUCAAGCCCCCGGUCUGCAGGACUCUGCUGGACCUGGUGCUGGAGUUCGAGGGCUCGUACCGCAGGUGCUGGCACUCGCUGAAGAAGGUGAAGAUCGGGCAGUACGUGUCGCACGAUCCGCACAGCGUGGAGCAGAUCGAGUGGAAGCACUCGGUGCUGGACCUGGACAGACUGAGCCGGGACGAGCUGCGGAGAGAGCUGGAGAGGCACGCCCGUGACAUGCGGCUCAAGGUUUUGAAGGCAGCGGCCGUGCCCUCUUCGCCCACCCGCGAGAGGAGGAAGGACACGUCGUCGCCCCAGCGCAGCCAGUCCAGCCCGCAUCGCAGGAACAGCCGCAGUGAGAGACGAUCUUCAGGAGAGAAGAAAGCCACGGAACAAAAGAGCGUGACUGAUGUUGGUUACCAGAUCCGUGUGUGAGGGUGAGGUGUGGGGCCGUGAGUGAGUGAACGUGCUGUGCUGUGAUCUGGUGAAGAGUAAGCACCCAGUGCACGCCGCACUCAAACCCACGACAACAAAGGUUGCCGUCCCGUAUUUCCAAGUAGCCGUUAACAGUAUUAAAUUGUGACCUUUUUUUACA